CAAGAUAUAUUAAUAGAUUUCAUCAUUUAUCUAUCUACUAGUCUAAGAUUUAAUAUAAUAUUAAUAAUGAUUGAUUAUCUAAUUAAAAUAAGACAUUUUAUUUUCUAUAAGGGAAUUUAUAAUGCUAAAAAAACUAUUUAUUUAUAUAUCUAUUAUAUUUAG